GCCCGGGCCGUGCUGGGGCAGCCACACGGGGAGGGGGGACAGAUCGGAGUGAGAGCUUUUUCUUCCCAAAAAAUGAAACAUAUGCAUGGCUCAGUCAUUAUGCCCGCGUGCAAUCGUGCAAAACUCCCCCAGGAGCAGCCGCUCGCCAGCGAGCCUCGUGUGGAGGCCAGAGACCGUCUCUGCCAAACGUCUGCCUGGCCCAGUCUCUUCCCAGAGCGAAUCACACACAGGGCUGAGGAAUCACGUCCAGAUUUCUCUGCAGAUCGUCCCGUCUUCCAGGGUACAGGGAAUGGAAAUGGUUGUGAUGGAGCCAGCUCAGAUGCUGGUGACCUUCAACGAGGUGGCUGUGUAUUUCACCCAGGGGCAGGGGGCUCUGCUGGACGCUGGUCAGAGAGCCCUCUACAGGGACGUCAUGCAAGAGAUCUAUGAGACAGUGACCUCACUGGGGUUUCCUAUUCCCAAACCUGAGCUGAUCACCCAGCUGGAACGAGGGGAAGAGCCGUGGGUGCCCGAUCUCCAGGCCUCGGAGGAAAGAGAGAUCUCAAGAGGCGCCGGCCCAGCAGGUGAUGAGCGAGGGAGUGAGGACGAGGAGGGGAAUCAUCAUGAGCACGUUCCUGGGGAAAUGGAACCACAGGGGACAUUUGUGGGAAGAGCUGAAGAGAAUUUUUCCCAGUGCUUGGAAAAGGGAGAAGCCUGGGGAUAUUGGCACGCGUCAGAGAGGCUGCUGGGAAACCACCCAAAGAAGAAAGUGGAUGAAUCCAUUAAAUGUUGGGGAGGAGACAAGGAUCCCACAGCCCAGCAGACAAAUCCCAAGGAAGAAAAACCCUAUCAGUGCCUCGAAUGUGGGAAAGGAUUCAUUCUGAGAUCACACCUUGUGACACAUCAGACAAUCCAUACUGGACAGAAACCCCUUCAAUGCUUGGACUGUGGAGAAAGCUUCAGUAAUGGCUCAGACCUCAAUAACCAGUGGAGAAGCCACACAGGAGAGAAACCCUAUCAAUCCCUUGAGUGCUGGAAAUGUUUGAAUUUCAAGUCAGCACAAAUUACACAUCAGAUAAGCCAAACAUGGGAGAGACCCCAUAAAUGCUUAGACUGUGGGAAAAGUUUCAUACAGAGGUCAGACCUUGUUAAACAUCAGGCAAUCCACACAGGAGAGAGACCCCAUAAGUGCUUGCACUGUGGGAAAAGUUUCACAUGGAGAUCAGCCCUUGUUCAACAUCAAGCAAUCCACACAGGAGAGAGACCCCAUAAGUGCUUGGACUGUGGAAAAAGUUUCAUAUGGAGGUCAGACCUUGUUAAACAUCAGGCAAUCCACACAGGAGAGAGACCGCAUAAGUGCUUGGACUGUGAGAAAAGCUUUAUACGUAGGUCAGACCUUGUGAAACAUCUGGCAAUCCACACAGGAGAGAGACCCCAUAAGUGCUUGGACUGUGAGAAAAGUUUCAUUCAGAGGUCAGACCUUGUUAAACAUCAGGCAGUCCAUACAGGAGAGAGACCCCUUAAGUGCUUAGACUGUGCAAAAAGUUUCAGAGACAGAUCAGCCCUUUUUAAGCAUCAGGCAAUCCACACAGGGGAGAGACCCCAUAAGUGCUUAGACUGUGGAAAAAGUUUCAUAUGGAGGUCAGACCUUAUUAAACAUCAGGCAAUCCACACAGGAGAGAGACCCCAUAAGUGCUUAGACUGUGGGAAAAGUUUCACACAGAGAUCAUAUCUUAUAACACAUCAGAGGAUCCACACAGGAGAGAGACCCCAUAAUUGCUUGGAUUGUGGGAAAAGUUUCACAAACAGAUCAGCUCUUGUUAGACAUCAGGCAAUCCACACAGGAGAGAGACCCCAUAAGUGCUUGGACUGUGGGAAAUGUUUCACACAGAGAUCACACCUCAUUAAACAUGGGAGAAUCCACACAGGAUCUAAACUUCUGUGACACACGGCCAGAAAGGAUUAAGAAACUUGCAGGAUAAUUGACUCAGACUCAACUUUUGGAGACAUGUUCGAAAAGUGUGGAAAUGGUAAUUAGGGCCAUGCCACAUUAGAUAGACUAGAAGUUUGAAAUGUAAACUUUUAUUGUCAACGAUCUGGAAGAAGAUGGUAAGUGUAGUAAUCUGCGUUUACCUUUAUCUUGUUGGAGGUCAGCAAUGUAAACAAACGGUUCCUGUCUAGGGCUGUAUUCUGUUAAGUCAGAGAUCAACAGGAAAUAUUAACAUUUAGAUGAAACUUGAGUGUAAUUAUGUAAUUUUCUGUAUGUCUCUUUAAAGUUUGUGGUUAACUGUCUAUGAACUGCUUUAUGGAUAAUUACCUAAUGUUAAUCCUUGUAAUUAAUUACCUGUGACGUUUAGGAAAUAGAAGCUUACUUCAAAAGCUUAUUGUUCACCCAAGGACUGCCUGCUCACGAGAGGCUGCAAAAAUCUCUCGAAAAAUUCUUAGGACCUGAUCCUUUUAUCUCAGAUCUUCUUAAACCUGUAACGAAAUAACCCAUCAAACGAGGAAGAAGCCUCGUGGAAUGUAAAUGAAGAACUUGAACAGAAAAGAGCUAAUUUCAAAGCAAGUGGGCGUUGUGCGUGAGGAUCGGCGGUCAAAGAAUCAAAAUGCCUUCCUCACUCUCUGUCAUCAGAGGAAAAACCUGUGUGGGUAGUGACCCUGUCAGCCUUUUUUUGUGUGAGAGGAAGCCGUAAGCAUGGAUUCAAGGAAAGAUCCUUUACCUCUGGACUGUUUGGACUCUUCCAGGGAAGUGUCCUGGAUAGAAAAUGGAGCUCCCCAGAGACAAUCUGGGUACCCCGAAAAGACUUUGGGGAAACUGUCAGUUUAUUAUAUCACUGCCACCCUUUGGAAUUACAAACUGACUCACCUGUGCGUACA